GCUUUCCCUUGAAACUAAAUCCAUUGUUUUCAAUUUAUUAGAAUAUUUUUACUACGUUAUGGCAGUGUGACAUAACAAACUUUUUAAUUUUUUCUAAAAUAAUAUUUGUCAUUUUGGUCUAACCUCACAUUUUGAAAAAAGGUGGCAACUGUAUUUUACUUCAUUAAUAAUUUUAUAUAAAUUACUAUGCAAUCUGUGGUAAAAGGAAAUAAUAUGAAACGAUUUAGUACUUUACUGCAUAAUAAAUAAAGUCCAGAAUUAUUGUUACUUCCACUUCGCGCAUCAGAUUUGACAAGUAAAUUGUAACUUAAACUAAAGAAAAUGAAUCCAUUGUGUGGCUGGAUAGCGAAGAAAUAGUUCCAGAUAAACAAAUAAAAAGUAUCGAUGAAACAGUUACUCAUGCUAAAAUGUUUGCCUGUGGGGAUGUCGAGAUUGGGCAUAUUGUAGUUAGCGAAGCGAAAGCUAGUAUUGAGGAGAGUGGAUUGAAAAAUGCCGUAGAAUUAGCUGAAAAAGAACACAGUGAUCUUAUUGCCGGGAAAUAUGAAGGUGGACUGAAAAUUUGGGAAUGCACUUAUGAUUUAAUUCAAUAUUUAGAAGAAAAUGAAACAGAAAUAAAGUUUCAGAAUCAAAAUGUCCUGGAUCUUGGAUGUGGUGCUGGAAUUUUAGGAAUUUAUGCUUUUUUAAAUGAUUCUAAUGUUACAUUUCAGGAUUAUAAUAAAGAAGUACUGGAAUACUUUACUAUACCAAAUGUUUUACUAAAUAUUGAAGAUGAAGAGAAUAGAGAAAAAGAAAUAAAACGAUGUAAAUUCUACUCAGGCGACUGGGAUUCCUUCAACAAGUUACUGCCUAGUUCUGAACUCUUUGACAUUAUCUUAACAUCAGAAACUAUUUACAAUGAAUGUAACUAUGAGAAACUAAUCACAUUGUUUAUGGGUAGAUUGAGCAAAGAUGGAGCAGCUUAUGUUGCGGCAAAAACAUACUACUUUGGUGUAGGCGGUGGCGUAAGACAAUUUGAGCAAAAGCUGCAACAAAACGGCAAACUAAACUGUGAAGUUUGUUGGAAGAGCACAGGAGGAAUACAAAGGGAAAUAUUGAAAAUCACACAUAAAUAACCAUAACAAACCUUAACACAUU